GGGCAGGACACUGGGGGGGGGGGGUGUCUUGGGAUGCUUUCAAAUAAACAAAGGCAGUUUUUAAAGAAAUUAAAGUGGCAUAUUGUAUCCUUUAUUAUAACAAAAGCCUUUGAGUUUGUUUAAUUUAGGGCAGUCAAAUGAUUAGAAUCUUUAAUCCCCAUCAAUCCCAGAAUAUCUGUAGUUAAUCGCAAUUAAUCUCACCCUUUUUUAUCACAUUUUAAAGUUCCACUAUUUUGAGUUUUAAACUGUUUUGUCUCAUUUUUCUACUGUCUUGAACUAGGGGUAAUUAACUUCUUGUUUAGAUUCAGACCUGCUUUUAUUGGUGGAUUAAAGAUUUAAACAUGGACUUAACAGUGGAAAAAGGAAUUUGUUAUGGACUGAAACUGAAAUAAUGGCUGCAGGGAGAGGCUGACAUGCCUUAAUCACAGGGUGUUGAAAGGGACAAUAAAAGAUUGCGAUUAAAAAAAUGUGUGCACUAAUUGUGCACCUUGAUUAACUACAAUUAACUUGAUUAAUCUUGACAGCACUGGUUAAAGUUAAACUAAAAACACAGCUCUACAGUAGGAUUUUAGCUGACAUGUAAGUAAUUUGUACAAAUUAUAAAAAAAUGAUAAACUCUUUUAAAUGUAAGUUUGUUUGUGUAACAUCAUGGCAGGGGUCCCCGGUCUCUGGUGCUGUUACUUUGGGGGUCAAAGUUUGGGAUUCCUGGGUAAAGAUAUGUUAAGUUAUUGAAUAUGAUUAAAGCAAAAAAAAGGCCUACAUCACAGCUCUUCUUUAGUGGAUAAAGCCAAUCAUUGUUCAGGAUCUGGUUCAGGACAGCCCUGGGAACAACUGGAUCUGCCUGGUCAGGAUGAGAAUGAUGCUCUGGGCAGAGAGGGAGAUGCAGACAGCUUGUCUUCACAAAACAAGAGCAAAAACUUAGAAGAUGUUUUAGAGUGUUAAGCUCUGGAAAUCAUUAGUUUUGACAGAGCAGAUGCUGUUUGCUAUCAGGCUGUUUUGAACUCAGUUAUCACUGUUAUUCUAGUGGUCAAUAUUUUUGCUUUUUAUGUUGUCAUUUCAUUUUACUCAUGAAAAAACAAGCCAUGAAAUUCUUAUCAAAAUGUCAUGAAAGCAUGACGGCCUAGUACUGAGACUGAGAAGUGCAACACAAAGCUUCAUGGUCUAAUUUGGACUAUAUCCAUUGUCCUCCUCUAUAAAUAAAGGCAUAAAAAGCCAAAAAAUGCCAUCUGUAAAAAAAUAAAUAAAUAUAAAUCAGGCCGCAGCUGGCACCCAACCUCAGAGUCUUAUGUGUCUGCAAUCUGCACCAAUCAUACUUAGCUGCAGAAUGCUAAAAUGUAGCUCCUCAUCCAGCGACAUAACCAAGAAUGAGCUCAAAGUGAGCCAAGUGUCAUCACUUUCCUCUAGUUUUAGACACCCACUCAAACAAAAACAGCAUUUCUGUAGCUGUCUCUUAAUGUCAUCAUAUCUUUGUUUUCAGGUGACCGGUUGGCUGACUCCACCAUCACACUCGCGUUGGCCCUUGCACUCCUCUCUCACGUGACCACGCCCCUUCCUUCACAUCCAAUCCCGACAUGGAGCCCAUCAAGGUCCAAUCAGAAGGUGGCCUGAAUGUGACCCUCACCAUCCGCCUGCUGAUGCACGGCAAGGAGGUUGGAAGCAUCAUAGGAAAGAAAGGAGAAACUGUGAAAAAGAUGCGUGAAGAUAGUGGUGCCCGUAUCAACAUCUCAGAGGGGAACUGCCCUGAGCGGAUAGUCACCAUCACUGGGCCGACAGACGCCAUUUUCAAGGCCUUUGCCAUGAUCGCCUACAAGUUUGAAGAGGAUAUAAUCAACUCUAUGAGCAACAGUCCAGCCACCAGUAAACCCCCUGUAACCCUGAGGCUCGUCGUCCCAGCCAGUCAGUGCGGCUCGCUCAUUGGGAAAGGAGGCUCCAAAAUCAAAGAAAUGAGAGAGUCCACAGGAGCUCAGGUGCAGGUUGCAGGCGACAUGCUGCCCAACUCCACCGAGCGAGCGGUGACGAUCUCAGGAGCCCCUGAAGCCAUCAUCCAGUGUGUCAAACAGAUCUGUGUGGUGAUGCUGGAGUCCCCACCGAAAGGUGCCACCAUCCCCUACCGCCCCAAGCCUGCCUCCACCCCCGUCAUUUUUUCAGGUGGCCAGGCUUAUACCAUUCAAGGACAGUACGCCAUCCCUCAUCCAGAUCAGUUGAGCAAGCUCCACCAGUUGGCUAUGCAGCAAACCCCCUUUACCCCCCUCGGACAGACCACCCCUGCCUUCCCCGGUCUGGAUGCCAGUAACCAGGCCAGUACUCAUGAACUCACCAUUCCCAAUGAUCUAAUAGGCUGCAUAAUCGGACGCCAGGGAACCAAAAUCAACGAGAUCCGUCAGAUGUCUGGGGCGCAGAUCAAAAUUGCUAACGCCAUGGAAGGGUCAUCGGAGCGCCAGAUCACCAUCACAGGGACCCCCGCCAACAUCAGCCUGGCCCAGUACCUCAUCAAUGCAAGGUUCAGAGACGUGGCGGCCAUGUGGAACGACCCAUCUUCCAUGACCACAUCCUGA